AGCUCUGGAGUUUGCGUUCGGGCUUCAAUUUCAUUUUCUCUCACACUUUUCUGAAGGUAGAGAAGAACAAGAGCAAGAAGACCCUUUCUCAUUUUUGCUCUGUUUUCCACCUUACUGGUCUUCUAGUCACUGAAAAUGAGAUCAAGGGUAGAACUGGUUCUGCUGUGUUAGCUCAAGAGUGUGGCUUCUACCUGGUUUUAUCUACCGACAUUUCUCUAAUUUGCAUGAAUAUUUCUAGAUGGUUGGUGAUUCCAUGAAAUGGGGACAAGAGUGAUGAAUAUUUGCAGAGAUUGAUGAUUUGGUGAACUGGAUAAUUCCAAAACUGGGGUUAAGAGUGAUGAAGAACCCCACAGUUUGAUGUUUUUGAUGAACUGGGUAUUUCUAAAGCUUGAUUUCACUGAAUUCAGUCAGCUUAGGAAGACAUAGAAGCCGAAGGCAGGGGAAAUCUAAAAAUUUUAGGUCCUUCAGUAAAGACUGAGGGAUGGAUAUGAACGAACAGAGGAAAGAUGCCUUACAUGAUUGGGCUUCUUGCAGUGCUCCAACAACUCCGUACAGGCCUAUUCUCCCAAAACUUCCCCAGCAACACCAAUAUAACCACCAUGAAUUUUUUCUGCCCCCAAAUAAAUUCCCGUUUGCUUUACAAGACACUGAAGGGAAUAAUGGAGCUGGACCUUUUGGUGCUGGCAACACACUCGAGAUGUCGCGUGAGGUACCUUGUAUAGAUCUCCUGGCCCUUGCGCAUGCUGCCUCCAGUGCUGUAGAUAUUAAUGCAAUCAUGCAUGGGGAACCUCAGUAUGAUUUUCCCUGCCACCUUCAAUAUGAUCUGAAUUCAGUACCUGAGACCACCUGUGGCCAAUUUGCACCCAUAACACCAGAGAAGGCUAGCUCAAAUGUGGAUCAUAGAAAAAAACAGCAAACAGAAGAGCAAACGAAUACUGGUACUACCACAUUUGAAAUUUUUGAUCCAAGAAAUAAUAAAGAUGCAGCACACCCUGUUAUGAGUUUUCCACAUGCUACUCCUUCAAUAGAGCUCCAGGAGAAUCAUACAAAGCUCCAGGAGAACCGGACACAGCUCCAAGAGAAUGACAUCAUCAUGGAAGGGAACGAAAACAUUGACUUGAAUAAGACACCGGAGCUGAAACAAAGGAGGAAAAAGCACAGGCCCAAGGUUAUUAGAGAAGGCAAACCAAAGCCUCUGCCGAAACCUCCCACUAAUAAGGAAACUCAAGUCAGAAGGAAGUAUGUGAGGAAGAAUGCAGUAGGCAAAAAUGCAACUCCUCCCCCACCAAAGGAACUUGGAGAGCGUACCGAUUCAAAUAAACUGAAGUCUACCAAGAGAUCAUGCAAAAGGGGGUUAAAUUAUGAUUUGAAAGAGCAAGCAGAUGACAUAUCCUCCUGCCAGUCUUUAAAUUCAGGUUUAGACUCACAGGUGCAUACUUUUUGCACCAAUGGAGAUGCAACAAGAUCGACUGUGCAGCCCAGACCUGGAAUUAAUUCAAUGGUAGAUAACACACAGACGGGGUUAGCCCAUGAACUCGUCCUUUCUACAAAUCAAUGGCUGAAAGAUCACUUGUCAUUGCCUGAACAACACUCUCCAGCCACACCGUCUCCUGCCAGAAAUAGUUCCUUACAGGCAAGAGAGUAUGUUGAUUGCUCAAAAGACCCUGCUGAAGGAAAAGCUACAGUGAGUUCUCAGAUUGGCCACAAAAAUUCUGUACAAACGGUGUUGAAUGGUGACACUAAAUCCUCUUCACCAAGGCCAAAUGACUCCAACUGCAGCUCAUCUAUGAUACUGACACAUGAAAAUGAACUGAAUGGAUUUAAGAGGAAAUAUUCUAGUGCUGUUGAGAAGACAGAGCCCAGACCCCGAAAUUUUCUCGGAGUUCACUACAAUAAUAUGCCAGCAUAUGACAACAUGAUGUCCUAUAUGCAUUUUCCAUACAUAUAUAAGAAGAAGAGAACUGAUAAGGCAUAUACUUCCAUCAUAUCAAGCACAUCAUGUCGUGUGACUAUGGCAGAAAAUGAUUGGAGACGAUCAAAAUUGCAAGAGGUUGAAACUAUCCUGCCUGCAAAUCAGACACAGAGUUCAAAAAGGAGAAGAUCAAAAGCUCCUACACGGGUACGUGACAUGGCUUCUCUAAUCAGAGCACCACAGCACAUUCUGCUCCAGAGUACCUGUCUCACCAAACCACCAGCUGACAAUAACGGGCAAACAGCUCCGAACUACAACUCGACUCAGACAUGCAUGGAUGCCCUAGUCACUGAUGUGGGUGCCACAAUGGCAAAGAAAAAGAGAACAAAGAGAAGUUCUGUUACCAGUUCACAGCGAAGCCUUGUGCUAUACAACAACCAACCAUUUGUUUCUGGAUCAUCAGGUGUUCCACCAGAACUAGCAAGCACACAAAUACUUUCUGUUGAUGCCAUCACUGAUCAGUUAAAAUGUUUGAACUUAAAUAGAGAAAGCAGCAAAUUUGCAUAUCAGGGGUAUAAUGUUGUCUAUAAUACACAAAUGCAAGAGAACACUGCUUUGGUUCUUUAUAGAAGAGACGACACUGUUGUACCAUUCAAUGGGGCUUUUGAUCCUAUCAAGAAACGCAAGCCACGACCUAAAGUUGACCUUGAUGAAGAGACUGAUAAAGUAUGGAAGCUGCUGAUGGAUAACAUCAACAGUGAAGGCGUUGAUGGAACAGAUGAACAAAAAGCAAAAUGGUGGGAAGAAGAGCGUAGUGUGUUCCAAGGUCGUGCAGACUCUUUUAUCGCCCGGAUGCAUCUUGUGCAAGGAGAUAGACGCUUCUCUCCGUGGAAAGGAUCAGUUUUGGACUCGGUGGUAGGAGUUUUUCUGACUCAAAAUGUAUCAGACCACCUGUCUAGCUCCGCUUUCAUGUCACUUGCUGCACGCUUUCCCGUGAAGUCAGUAAAAAAUCAAAAUGCACCCGAUGAAAAAGUUGUGAGCUUAACAGACGAACCAGAAGUGUGCAUUAGUGAGAUAUCAAACCAGCCAAUUUGUGAUUGUAGUUCUGUAACAUUCCAUGACACUGAGCAUAGUGAAGAAAAAGUAGUCAGUAGCAAUGUGAAUGCAGAAACCACUAGUGAAGGAGUUAUCUCUGCACAUGAGCCCGACUGCAAGCUAACACAUUCAUUAGUCAACAGGUCCACCACCAAGAACCCAAGACCAGCACCAGAAUGUUACAUAGAGGAAGACUUGACAACCGGAUUUAAUAUAGUUUCAUCUCAAAACUCUGUGGAUUCUUCAGCUUCUCACACUGUGGAUAAAACAGGAUCAUGUGAGAGCAACUCGGAGACAGAGGAUGCACCUAUUACAAGUCAAGAUGGCAGUUUGGAUCAUUUCCGUUUGUUUUUACAGAAGACCGAAGUCGAGAGUGUCAGAACCAGCCAUAUGUCAUCUCAUGAUAAUUUGAAUUGUGAACUUUAUGAACCCAUAUGCAUGCAGCAGGAUGACGAAAGAAAAUAUAUAGAGAGAGGAGGAGCAUCUCAGGACCCUUCCAAUAAUUGUUGUGUGCGGUAUACUUCCAACCCAGAAGCAGUGCGUGUUGAAUGCUCUGAUUUGUUUGAAGAGGUAAUCCAAUCUUUUUCCAAGAACAAAUAUGAAGACAGUCUGGGGGAACAGAGUGUACUAACAGCAGAAUCUGUGAGUCAAGAUACAACAAGUAAUAAGCUUACUGCCAACGAUGAAGAUGCACAAAGAUGUUUCAGUGAAUCAUGCAAUUACAUUCAAGGAAAAAGUAAUUUGAAUCAAUCUCAAUUCAGUAUUGGUGGGAACCAAAAUAAGGUUGACGCACCUGCUGAGAAGCAUAUAAAUGAGAUUCAGCAAAAUUGCAACAGUUCUGGAGAGACCACAGAUGUGCAUAAAGGUCCAGAGUUGGAUUUAAUCUUCAAUGAAGUCAGUAAGGCAGAUGCUGCCACCCCAAAGACUAAGAACAGAAGACAUGGAAAAGAGAAAAAGGCUCAGGACUGGGACAAAUUAAGAGAACAAGCAGAACCAAAUGGAAGAAAAAGGGAAAAAACAGCAAAGACAAUGGAUUCAGUGGACUGGGAAGCUGUGAGAACUGCAAAUGUGAAUGACAUUGCCCAAACUAUCAAAGAGAGGGGGAUGAAUAAUAUGCUAGCAGAAAGAAUCAAGGACUUCCUUAACCGACUACUUAGAGAACAUGGGAGUGUCAAUCUAGAAUGGUUGAGAGAUGUUCCACCUGACCAAGCAAAAGAGUAUUUGCUGAGCUUUCGUGGACUGGGACUAAAAAGCGUGGAGUGUGUGAGGCUAUUAACACUUCACCAUCUUGCUUUUCCGGUGGAUACAAAUGUUGGACGCAUAGCUGUACGACUGGGAUGGGUACCUCUUCAGCCUUUGCCCGAGUCACUGCAGUUGCAUCUUCUAGAACUGUACCCAAUGCUGGAAUCCAUACAAAAGUACUUGUGGCCAAGACUCUGCAAGCUUGACCAAAGAACACUGUAUGAGCUGCACUACCAGAUGAUAACAUUUGGAAAGGUCUUCUGCACCAAAAGCAAACCAAAUUGCAAUGCAUGUCCAAUGAGAGGAGAAUGUAGGCAUUUUGCAAGUGCAUUUGCAAGUGCAAGGCUUGCCUUGCCAGGGCCCGAGGAGAAAAGUAUAGUGAGUGCAACUGGAGACAGAAAUACCUAUCAAAACCCUGGUGAAAUCAACAACAGAAUGCCUUUACCUCUCCCUCUCCCUCUCCCUCGUCCUCACCCAACAGAACAAUUGGGAGGAAACCAACUUGAGGCAAGCCAACAAUCAACACCAAAGUCUGCACUUGAUUAUUGUGAACCUAUUAUUGAAGAACCGGCAUCACCAGAACCAGAGUGCACACAUACAGUAGAAGACAUUGAGGAUUUCUGUGAUGACCCAGAUGAAAUUCCUACGAUUAAACUUAACAUGGAACAGUUCACUCAGAACUUGCAAAACUAUAUGCAACAAAACAUGGAACUUCAAGAAGGAGAAAUGUCAAAGGCUUUAGUUGCUCUGAAACCAGAUGCUGCAUCUCUUCCUACACCAAAGCUUAAGAAUGUGAGCCGGCUACGAACUGAGCACCAAGUCUAUGAACUACCUGAUUCACACCCUCUUCUAGAUAAGUUGGGGUUGGAGAAGCGAGAACCUGAUGAUCCAUGCAAUUACCUUUUGGCCAUUUGGACACCAGGUGAAACAGCAAACUCCAUUCAACCACCAGAGAUUAGAUGUACUUCUCAAGAAUCCGGCAAAUUGUGUAAUGAUAAGGAGUGUUUCCAAUGCAAUAGUACACGGGAAGCAUAUUCACCAACAGUUCGAGGGACUCUCUUGAUACCAUGCCGAACAGCAAUGAGAGGGAGCUUCCCACUAAACGGCACCUACUUUCAAGUUAACGAGGUAUUCGCUGAUCAUGAUUCAAGCCUUGAGCCUCUUGAUGUUCCAAGAGGCUGGUUGUGGAAUCUGAAUAGGAGGACUGUGUACUUUGGAACCUCAAUACCAACAAUAUUCAAAGGGUUAACAACACCAGAAAUUCAACAAGCAUUCUGGAGAGGAUUUGUGUGCGUGAGGGGGUUUGAUCAAAAGUCAAGAGGUCCGCGGCCUUUAAUGGCUCGGCUGCACUUCCCAGCCAGCAGGUUGGCCAAACCAAAAGACAAAGAGGAAGAGUAGCCAUCCAAAAAAUUUCAAGGAAGCGCGACCAAAGAGGCACCACAGAAUCGAAUUCGAGUGGCAGCGGAUUCAGCUAUUGUAAAUCGGCUUGUUGAGAAUAGGAAAACAAAAAGGGUAGUUUUUAGUUUAAGAUGUAAUACUCACGUGAACUAAGAGGGAUUUAGCCAAUUUGUAACCACAGUCAGCAUAAUCAAUAGAUGUCAUGCAGUUUUAACAUAAUUGCUAUUUUCUCUGAGAAAAUUCACCAAAGAUUGUAAUCCUAAUAGAUAGAGAAGAUAGUGCGCAGGGAGAGAGCAAUAACAUUGAACCAAAGUUUCUUCUGGCAUUCUGAAAGUAAAUAAAAAAGCUCAUAGCAUUUCCAACA